AUGGGUGCCUUUGCCAAGUUUAAGUGUUUCUUCGUGAGCUUUGUGCUCUUCUAUACAGUGUACCUCUACACCUACAGAUGUCCAAAGACGCACGAAUCGUCGUUGGAUCAUGCUGUCCAGGUUUUGACUCAUCCAUUUUCUCACCAGCAUGAUCAAUUGUGUCAGAAACUCGACACUGUUGACCAUUAUGUGGCUCCUUAUCGUGCUAAGGCUCACGCCUUCUUGGACUCUCACGUUCACUCCCACCAUUUGUUCAAGGAGUACAAGGUUGAGUCCAAGUUGCAACUUGCCAAGGCCAAGUACUACGAAUUGGUCCACCCAUGGACCUUGCAAUUCGCUGCACUUAUUGAGCUUGCUGAGUACCACGCUGCUGUUUACUUCCACAGUUUCUAUGUGUGGGCCAAGGCUCACUUUCACAAGACUGUGGUGCCUAAGGCUGGUGAAUUGAAGAAGAACGUUGCUGCUCAGGCUGAGACUGUUGCUGAACAAGUUGCAUCUCAGGCUUCAACCCUCAAGGACCAAGUUGUGUCUCAAGCUGCUACCCUCAAGGAUCAGGCUGCAUCUCAGGCUGCUACCAUUAAGGACCAGGUUGUGUCGCAGGCUGGCAAUGUCAAGGAGCAGGUGAUUGCUCAGGCUGAGAAUAUCAAGGAGAAGGUCCAAUCCAAUAUUUGA